GGGCCGCGGCCUCCCGCCCCGGCGGCCCCGCUUCCUCUUUUGCGGCUAUUUAAGGCCGGGGCGCGGGCGGGCGGCCGCCUCCCAGGCGCACCGGGGGGGACAUGGACCGCAUGGAGGUGACGGAGACCUUCGCCGGCAUCUCGCUGCCGGGCCACCUCCACACCAAGGAGUCCCUGCACUUCGCCGCCACCUUCCCCUUCCGCGCCACCGACGUGCUCAUCGUCACCUACCCCAAGUCGGGCACCACCUGGAUGCAGGAGAUCCUGACCCUGCUGUACAGCAACGGGGACGUCCUGCCGGCCAAGACCAUCCCUAACUGGAUGCGGGCGCCUUGGCUGGAGCAGACCUACUUCAGGGACGCGCUGCGGGACACGGCCGGCCACCGGCUCAUCACCACCCACCUGCCCGCCCACGUCCUGGGCCCCGCGCUGCAGCAGAGCAGAGCCAAGGUCGUCUACGUGGCCAGGAACCCCAAGGACGUGGCCGUCUCCUUCUACCACUUCCACCGGCUGGCCAAGUUCCUGCCGGACCCCGGCUCCUUCGACGCCUUCCUGGCGCGGUUCCUGGAGGGCACGGUAUGGCUCCUGGUUCGAGCACGUCAAGGGCUGGCUGGGCCAGCGCCAGGCUCUGGACAUCUUCUACAUCACCUACGAGGAGCUGCACCAGGACCUGCGGGGCGCCGCGGAGCGGCUCGGCGCCUUCCUGGGACGCCCGCUGGGGCCGGAGACGCUGGGCAGCCUGGAGCGGCACUGCAGCUUCGCCGCCAUGCGGGACAACGCCAUGGUCAACUACAGCCUCAUCCCCGCCGAGAUCAUGGACCACAGCCAGGGGCGCUUCAUGAGGAAAGGCGUCGUGGGCGACUGGCGCGAGCACUUCUCCCCGCGGCAGACCGCCCUCUUCGACCGCGUCUACCGGGAGCGGAUGGGCGACGCGGGGCUCCGGGCGCCCUGGACGCUGGCGUGAGCGGCCGGGGCGCGCGGGGGGCCGGCGAUCGCCCCCCGCCGCCACGCGCGGCCCGCGCCGGACCCAAUACAUAUUUAUUGCCGUUCUCCGCCCGCCGGUGCCUCUCCCUGGCGGCGUGCCGGCGGCGGGCAGUGCCCCGCCGUUAUCGGGACCGCAUCGGGGCGGGGGCUCGUCCUCCGGGGACGUUAUCGCCGGGCCGGGGGCAACGUCCUGGCGGGCAGCGGCGGCCACAGCAGGGAGGGGGGGUCCUGGCGCGGUGCCGUUCCCACGGCGGCUCACAGCCCGGCCCCGCGGCGCCGGCGGCUGGGAACGGUGCCCAGAGCCCGGAGCCGGCCCCCGCGGGGCUGCUGCAGCCCCCCUGCCCUAUCCUGCCCCCCCAGCGCCCCCUGCUCUGCCCCACUGAUCCCUGCGGGUGCCCCCUACCCCCCCGCCACCCCCGCACUGCCCCCCCCAUCGCCCCAGGGGCAGCCGCGGUGCCCCGUGGGGGUCCGUGCCGCUCUGCAGGGGUCUGUGCGCCCCCACCCCGGGGGGGGGGGUCCGUGGGGUCCCGCGCGCCCUGGGCCGCGUCCGCAGCGCCGGCAGACGGGAUUAACCGUCUCCGAAAGCCGCCCGGCCGCGCGCGCCGGUGCCCGCGGCGUUUCCACGGCGACGGCCGUUAUCCCGCUUUGUAGGGAGAUGAAUCAGGAGCUAUAAAUACGCGGC